GACAAGUACAGUGAAUAUAUACAUUACUAUAGGCAAAAAUAUAAACGAAAAUACCAUUUCAAUGAAACCACGAGCGGCGUUACUCCGCCAACAACAAUCCCAGAACCGCCGUUCCAAACUAGAGGAGAUUGCUACUAUGGCGCAAAUGGAGUCGAUGCGAAAUCCAAAGAUUCAGCAGCAACGUUUUGCAUAUCCUAGUUCUAUAGCUCAAAGACGUGACCCUAACCGUGGUAUUAUCACUCAAAAUGAAUGGAACGAACUGGUGGAUCAGCAUGAGAACUCAGGACGGGGAUUUCGGUUUAUUUUUCUAAUUUUUGUAAUCGCUUCUGUCAUUUUAUUAGUCUUAUCAAAAUAUGAUGCAGAGUUUAACGUAGAGGUACCACAGCUUGAGAGCGGUCGCGGUUUUGGUGAAGUCUUGAAUCCGCUCAACACUGAUGACUCCGAACCAGAUUAUUACCAGACACUCGGUGUUAAGGGGCGUUUAUGGAGUAACUCAGAGUUAAAUUCUGACGUUGUUGACAGCGAUGCAGAUAAACAACGGCGUCGGGAAAACUAUCGUACACGCCAGGAGAUCAAGAAGUCUUAUCAGAUACACAACGAUAAGCAAGGACAGUUGGUAUAUUGUGGGCGAUCUUGUCAGGCUAAAAACAAGCAAGUUCAAAUAGCAUACAAUAAGCUGUCUUCUCAGGUUGACCGAGAGCUAUUUGGAGUCCUCCUUGACGCUAAGGACACAAAAUCUGCACGCACUGUUAGUCCAGAAACACUCAAAAAGAAAUAUGAGGAAAAGCGUGAAUUUAUUGAGAAAACGGAAACAGACGAAGAGGAUCGUGCCAUGGCACUGGAGGAACUCAAGGACGCCUACGAAAUCAUACAGGAUCCUGAUGCGCGAAAGUACUACCUUAUCUAUGGUGCUAAACCACCAGAACAUAUGCGGCACGUUAGUGCUCGGCAUGGAGGAUGGGGUCAGGAGAUGGCGUUGGGGACCUUCAAGUACCGUAUUAUCAUAAUGUGGUUGGAUUUCCUGAACCAGUACAUCGGGAUUUGGGGUGAAACCACAGUGCUCCUAGUUUUGUUGAUUUUUCUACUGGGUCGUAUACCACAAGUUUUAAAGCAAACUCAUCACAUUUUGGAUGAUAUGGAAUGGCACGAACCGCUAGGCGAAAUGAGCGACGCAGAACCAAAUAAGGAUGAAUCAUGAAGUUUAGUGCAUGCUGAAGGAUAUGGUUUCUUUGCCUUUUUAGUGGGAUGCCCUUCCUGAAAAUUGUAUGCCUUGUUAAUAACAUCUAUCUUAUAGGAUAAUGGGCUUUAAUCAAAGCAUGUCUUUGUCAUUGCUUGUGUAUUUGUGCAAAAGGGAUUUUCGAUUCCUUG